AUGCCUUCCAAGCGUACAGUGAUCAUCACAGAUACAUUGUCGCCCCACGAGGUGGCAUUGUUGGUGCUUAUAGCGUUGUUCUGUGAGAAUACGGAACAAAUAGGUCAUCUUACGUUAUUGAAGCUCAUUCCAGCACCAGGUGGACCCACGCGAGUCCUGGCACCGUUCGACAGUUGCACACCUGCUCCAGACGUGGCAAAUGUGAUUUCACCAAUGAUCUGGGACCUUGUCCAGCUACUUGAAGAUGAUGGAUGUGCUCCAGCAGCCUUCCUUCUUGUUGCAUCGCUUGAGCGUAUCACUACAGUGGGAGCCAUUGACAAACUUAUGAAUGUUCUUAACACCCAUUGCAUUGUUGAAAACUACCGAGCAGCUGCUAAAGCUCGCCAGGGUCGUGUCCUGGAUCGGCAGCUCACUAAGAACAGUCUUUUGGGACAAUUUGUGUGUCAAUGCAUGUCCAAGCACCAAUUGCAAGAUUUUGAAGACUCUGAACGACUUUGGCGGAACCUGCGAUGGAAUAUGCAACAACUGCGAGACGAACAUCCCCACUGGACCGGCUUCCAUGGUGAAAUACCAUCUUUGGGCCCACUAAUGCGAUUUAUUCUGGAGUCCGACGCAGAUCUUGACGGAUUGCAAGAGCUGCAAGACGCAGGAUUGAACGAUCGCUAUUCAGAUUUGAUGAAUAACGACCGCAACGUGUGUAUGAUGAUUUCCCAUGAUCAUUUGCGCGCUUUACUUGCACACGAAGCGCAUUGCAUGUUGUAUAGCAACUCGCCAUUACAAGACCGAACAAGAGAUUUGAUUGACAACAUGUCUCUUGAAGAUACGGCACGAUUUCCAGUCGUGUAUGUACUCAAAGGUCUGGAAGACCUACGACAAAACCGUUACGACGAUUUUCUCGGCUUGCUAUACAGAUAUUUCGACUACAUGCUAGGUCAAAACACGGAACCUAACUUCUACCUGUCCUUAUUGUCGCUAGCAUCAUUUCACGCGCAUUUCCACAAUGGUGAUGCGGCCGUGAAGACGUUCGAGGAAGCUAUUGCGGUGGCUCGCGAAAAUAAAGAUACACACACGCUAAAUUUGAUUCUGAUGUGGGUAUUUGAGUUCAUGUGCAAAUAUCCAAACCUGGCUACCAAAUUCCACGUUUCAACAGCUCAAAUCCUGCAGUACUUGAAAACUUGUCCGCCAGAUCAGAGCUCGUACGUUUUCGAAAUGGGAUACCGUUAUGACACGCUGUGGACAAUGCAAAAUACGGGUUUUGUAAUUCAGAUUCUCGAGUCAUCCUUCAAGUCCAGCUUAUUAGCGUUACAGCGUAGUAACGGCUUGCGACUGAUGGCCGCACACAGUGCUCAAGUAUGGGAGUAUUUGGGAUCCAAAACACUGCAGCAAGUUUAUGAAAGUUUUGCACCAAGUGACCUCUCUCAAAACGACCCUUCGCUAGACCAUGUACCGCAGCUGCUAGCCCGUCUCAAAGCACCAGAUUUAACAUACCAUGACAAGCGUUCGCUCGAGAAACAGGUCAUACAAAAUUGGGUGGCCCAAGGUGAAUACGACCAGGCCAUGCAGUUUAUCAAUUCUAGAAUACAUGAAUGUCAAUCAGCAUUUCCUGACGUCGAUAAUGAAAAUCGAUUUCAAUUGGCAAAGUGUCGGAUUCUAGUUGACUGUGGCUUACAAGUGAGGGCCCUGCCGAUUCUAUCAAAAGUGACGGAGCAUGCUGCAACCACCAAAAAUGGAUUUCUCAUGGGUAACUCCAUCAUACUGCUCUCACAGGUCCUCCUUUUAGUGGGAAAGCGGCAGGAGUGCUUUCACCUGUUACGCAGUGUCAUGCACAAUAUUUUUGCAUAUGCAGAUUCUGAACUGCAGCUCAGUGUUGCUAAACUGUAUCUAGCUUCUAGUCCGCCUCUAAAGUAUAGUCAGAGCUGA